AUGUUGUACCAACUUCUAGCCCUCUGUCUACUGUUCCACGUUACUGUAGCGCUUGAAGUAGACUGUGACCGAAUUCCACCGCCAAUGUGGUGUGAUAAUGAAACCAUCGCUGAUCACUGUGGAGUUGGUGAUCUAUGUCGCGGUUUUUUGGCUAAAAACUCAGGCAAGAAGGUUACGCUAACACUCUUCUACAAGCACAACUGUUACGAUUGUUAUGAAGAAAUCACCGGUGAUUUGUAUAGAAACUACUCAAAUCUUGGAAUGUUCGAAGUUGACUUCAAACCUCUUGGGGAGAAGAUGGACGUAUACAAUCCAAACUACGAAGCCGCUAAAUACGUUAGUAGCGCUAGUCGCGUAAUAGUUGAUUCGUAUAGAUGGACUAAAUGCUAUAUGGAAGUGUUUGAUUCUUCAAACCAAAAUGUUACAAUAUGUGCCGACACUUGCAAUCAACGGUUUGAUAUCCCGAAAAAUAUUGUGGAUGAGAUUAAGUAAGUAAAACAAAGUUAAAAUCUUACGCUUUAGCUCCUAGCUUUUAGUCCUAGCCCCUCAGCCCUAGCCCUUAAGCCUUAGUCCCUCAGUUCUACCUCUUCAGCCCUAGCCUCUCAGUAGCCCAGAGUCUUAGCUCAGAUCCCUAGUCCGAAGUUUUAGUCCCAGCUCAGAGUUUCAGACUAGAGCCCUAACCCGGAGCCCCAGUCCAAAGUUUAAGCCCUAGCCCCGCAGAUCUACUCUUCAGCCCUUCCACCCUUCAGCCCUUUAGCCCUUCAGCCCUUCAGCCCUUCAGCCCUUCAGCCCUUCAGCCCUUCAGCCCUUCAGACCUUCAGCCCUUCAGCUCUAGUCCCUCAGUUCUAUCUUAGUCCAAAGCCUUUGCUCAGAGCCCUAGCCCAGAGCUCUAAUUCAAAGUCCUUCAGCUCUAGCCUCUCAGUAUUAGCUACUUAGUUCUGGGCUUAGCCCAGAGUUUUAGCCUUAGCCUGAGCCUACUUCUACCUUAUAAUGCUCUUUAACACCAAAGAAACUGUCAAUUUUAGGUUACUCAACAAAUACCUGGGCGAUCGGUUUGUCGCUGAUAACUUUAAAGCCGAUGAAAACGCUUUUCCGGAAACUUCUGAUUACGUGCCUUAUGCUUUGUAUAACGGCAUUGGCUUGGUUAGCAUCCAGGAAUUCUCAUUUUCGUACAACUUGUUGUGGUCGUAUUAUCCAAAUAAAAAUCAACGCUUAAAUGGUCGGUCGUCCAUGUUGACUGCACAAACUUUUUAA